CACACACACGCACACAUACACAUACACACACACACACGCACAUAUAGCACAAACACCUGCCUGUGGAGCUCCCUGUUUUCUUGCUGAGGUAAUGUAGGAGGGAAAAGCAUUCCUCAGCCCUUUCUUCUUCUCUCCUCCCCUCACAGCAUUUCAUGUCUUUUCAGACAUAAACUCACUCUUUCUGUCUUAUCUGUGUCAUGCAGCUUACAAGCACUGAAUCGCCUCAGCUGGAUAUUUGUGUCCCUCCCGCUUUCUUCAGGCUGCUGCGCUGGAUGUGUUCUCGGAUGAUACAGCUUCUGUACAAAAACAUCUGCUCAGACAUCAAAGGAAUUUUCUGGGGGAUUCAAAUAUGGGCCAAAGUGUAAAAUAUUAACCACUCAUAGCUUCAUUUUAGCAGCUGCCUGAUUGAUCAAUUCAUCAGGCUCAACAUUAGAAAUACAGAAAAGAACUUCCGGAUGAGGACUGGUUCCCUCGUAAUGCAUGAAGGCCCAGUAGCUGCACUGCCUGUUCAGCAGCAGCCUGACAGGCAUAUUUACCCCCAGGCUGUGGGUGACCCUCUGGAUGACCUCCAAGGUCAAGUUCCCCUCCUGAUCCAAAGCUCCAACAACCACAGAGGAAGCAUGUCUGAACCUGUUCCUCUGCUAAGUUGCGCUUUAGAUCCUGUGGCCCGUCAUGCUCAAAGAUGGACGGAGCUGGAGACGGACAGCUGCUCCUCUUGUGAUACAACUAAGCCUGAUUUCAAGCAGAAUGGACACUGUGGAAGCAGCCAGAGCUCAGACAAGGCUCCUGGAAGAGGUCAGGACAUGGAGGUGUCACAGGGUGACGGAGCUGCUGUUGGCAGUAAAUCUCAGAUGGAGGCACAUUGUGGAGCCACACUACCUCAGCAACAAGAAGGGAGCCCCACAGAGACCUCCUGUCCUGAUGAGUUGCUUCCUGCCUCUUUACCAGCUCUGGAUAAAAGUAGCCAAAGCCAUCUGCCAGCGUCUGUGGAUGCAUCAGAGGACUGCUCAUUGGAUCUGCUCAGAAUAGUAAAGCACCACCCGAGCGCCAUUGUGUUCUGCGAUUAUAAAAACCAGGCGAGCUUUGCCAGUGGCAGCUCUGAUGGUGGGGAGUCCUCCUCAUCCAACACUGAAGAGGGAGAGGAUGACGAUGAUGAUGAGGAUGAGGAUGAUGUUUUUCAGGAGACAUUACAAUAUAAGGAAUUCCUGGUCAGCCGUCGCCGUAGGAACUUGAGCAGGAACAGGAAGUGCUUGAGGAAGAGACAGGAUGCCCAGCCUAACAGCUCUGCUGCAUCUGGCUGGCAAAAGCCCACCGACAAGGGCAAACAGGAGUUCACAGGUAGCCAGGAGGAAGAGGAGAACAAUGGCAAACAGGCUGCUGCGUGUGACUCCAUGACCCUGCUGAUGAACAAGUUGGAUCAGCUCAGUGAGGGGAUCCGAGAAGUCCGAAGCGCUGAUUCCUCCCACCCGGACGAGGCCUGCGCUGAGCAGGAGCAACAGAGCACCGUGCAGGGUGCUCCCGCUGUGAGCAGGAUGGCGAGCCGAGCCCUGAGCCAGGAUCAGGGAGCCAUCAGAGCUUCAGACAUACCUGAACCACUCACCAGACGGCGCUCGCGACCUCUGACCCGCAGCAGACCUCUGACCCGUUCGUCCCUCUCGUCCCCUACACACCUCCAUGCUCGACGGACCAGGGCGGCUGCAAGGAUCACCAGUGGAUCAGCAGGCGGAGACCUUUGCUUUGUGUCCUCUGGCCUCAGGCUGGCCACAGUGAUAGCCAUCUCCCGCUGUAGGGCCGUGCAGUGUCCUGAGCAGGAGGUGGACGAUGUCAGCAGACUUAUCUUCACGGGCUUGACAAGGAAAGUUGUUGUUGUUGUUGUUAUUGCCAAGUGUGAGGGGACUGACACUCUGAAUUAG